CCCCCUCAGAAGUGCACACUGACGGGUCUCCUUGGGCCUCUCGACAGUCCAUCGCCACCCUCUCCGCUGCCCCUAUACCUUCUGCCCUUUGUCCCUCUCUCCCGUCCCUCCCACCAACCUCACCGACACCCGUUGGCCCUCCUGCCUGUCUCCCCGCUCUUCUUGGCCUCCCGUCUCCACCGCCCACACCUGGCCUGCUGCUUCCUCUGCAUAUCCAACCACCGUUGAGCCGCUGCAACCAUGUCUUGGAAGCUCACCAAGAAGCUUAAGGAGACGCAUCUGGCGCCGCUCGCCAACACCUUUAGUCGCUCGUCGUCGACAUCGACCAUUGUUGACCAGCAGACACCCAAGGCCUCGACAAGCUUCGCAAGCAGCAAUGCAACCCUCGUGGACCCCAAAGACUCCAACGGCAUUGCUGCUUCAGAAGCCAACGCAGCCCCGCCACCAGCGCCCCUCCGACCUGGUAUCCUGAUAGUCACACUCCAUGAGGGCAAAGGCUUCUCUCUCCCGCCUGGCGCCGAGCAGGCCUUCAGCGGCGGUUCACACCACCAAGGCUCACUUUCGACUGGCGGUGGCUUCUCCGUAGCGGGCUCGAUGCGCCCGGGGUCGUCGAGGAACCCCGUAGUUGGCUCGUACACCGGCCAUGGCCGCCCACAGUCUGCCGCUGGUAGCAUCAACGCAGCACCCACCAUCCACGGUCGAUACUCCUCGAAACAUCUCCCAUAUGCUCUGGUCGAUUUUGAUAAGCAGCAAGUUUUCAUCAACGCUGUUUCCGGUACACCAGAGAACCCACUGUGGGCUGGCGGCAACACACAGUACAAGUUCGAUGUUUCUCGAAUAACCGAUUUGACUGUCUCGCUCUACAUUCGCAACCCAACCGCACCUCCCAACGCUGGCCGAAAUGAGGACAUUUUUAUUGGAACUCUGAAGAUCAACCCUCGAUUCGAGGAGCAGCGAGAUGGCAAGGACAAGAAGGGAGAGAACACAGCGGCUGGCCAGGCUGGUGCCGACUGGAUCAAUGUACAGUUCGGCAGCGGUUCCAUGAAGGUCGGCGUGAACUUCGUUGAGAACCGACAAGACCGAUUGGCCAUUGACGACUUUGAGCUGCUUAAGGUCGUUGGUAAGGGAAGUUUCGGAAAGGUCAUGCAAGUGCAGAAAAAGGACACACACCGAAUCUACGCCUUGAAGACCAUUCGCAAAGCCCACAUCAUCUCUCGGUCCGAAGUCGCACAUACCCUCGCCGAACGAUCGGUUCUGGCUCAGAUCAAUAACCCCUUCAUCGUACCAUUGAAGUUCUCUUUCCAAUCGCCAGAGAAGCUUUACCUUGUUUUGGCCUUUGUCAACGGCGGCGAGCUGUUCCACCACUUGCAGAAGGAGCAAAGAUUCGACAUCAAUCGUGCGCGAUUCUACGCUGCAGAGCUCCUUUGUGCGCUGGAGUGUUUGCACGGAUUCAACGUUAUCUACCGUGACUUGAAGCCUGAGAAUAUUCUGCUUGAUUACACUGGCCACAUCGCGCUGUGCGAUUUCGGUCUGUGCAAGCUGGACAUGAAGGACGAGGACCGCACAAACACAUUCUGUGGAACACCUGAGUACCUCGCGCCCGAGCUUCUUACCGGUGGUGGCUACACAAAGUCGGUAGACUGGUGGACAUUGGGCGUCCUCCUUUACGAGAUGUUGACCGGCCUCCCGCCUUUCUACGAUGAAAACACCAACGACAUGUACCGCAAGAUUCUCACUGAGCCACUGCACUUCCCCGGACCUGAGAUUGUUCCUCCUGCUGCACGCGACCUUCUCACCCGUCUGCUCGACCGCAACGCAGAGAAGCGUCUGGGAGCUAAGGGCGCGGCUGAGAUUAAGGCGCACUACUUCUUCCACAGCAUCGACUGGCGCAAGCUGCUGGAGAGGAAGUACGAGCCCAGCUUCAAGCCUAACGUGGUCGAUGCUAAGGAUACCGCCAACUUCGACCGCGAGUUCACCUCAGAAGCACCGACAGAUUCAUACGUUGAUGGACCCAUGCUGUCGCAGACUAUGCAAGAGCAAUUUGCAGGCUGGUCUUACAACCGGCCGGUUGCUGGUCUCGGAGAUGCUGGUGGUUCCGUGAAGGACCCGUCUUUCGAGGGUGUUGCGGAUAGGAAAUAAGGUCACCCUAGCCUAGAAACGGUGACUGUGCUCAGCUCGGCCAACAGCCGGCUGCUUCGGCGAUCGGACCGUCGCCAUUGCACCUUUUGAUACCGUUGUUGUCGGGCUUUGGAGCAUACAUAGAUGAGUGUGUGAUUGGUGGGAACUCUCAGUGCUUUUGGCUAUUUUGGUUCUGCAACGGCAUCGGCGUAUGGGGGGGGGGGG